CUUGGGAAGGUUCAGUUAAAUUAUAAGGUACUGUGGAGAACUCUGAAUCUGAAAUUCUGAAUCCAAAUCGGAAUCUGAAGCUAUGAGACGAAUAAUAAUUUAUGAUUUGUAUUGUUAAUUACUUGUAAGAGCAAAGAGUAAACGCAGAAACCCUAGAAUGCGAAUUUGAAUUGAAUAGAGAGGUUUGGAAGCAAAAUGGGGAAGCAUUCGCAGGCAUGGUUGGCAAUGAGGAAGAAGAGAUGGCCGUUAAUGCUAGUGGCACUCUUGUCCCUCUCCACCGUCACCGUUCUCUUCAUACGAACCACUUCCGAUUCGUGCAACGGUAACUCCCCGCCUCAGGCUCAGGCUCAGGCUCAGGUUCGGCAUUUGGAAGAACCUCAGGCUCCGAUUUGGUCAUCGUCGCAACCAAAUCCUCUUGAAUUCAUGAAGUCGAAGCUUGUUCUGAUGGUUUCUCACGAGCUUUCUCUCUCCGGUGGACCUCUUUUGCUUAUGGAAUUGGCUUUUCUGUUACGCGCCGUUGGAUCCGACGUCGUUUGGAUCACUAAUCAGAAACCUCCUCAACCCGACGAAAUCAUCUACAGUUUGGAGAACAAGAUGUUGGACAGAGGAGUACAGGUGUUGCCUGCGAAAGGCGAAAGGGCUGUGGAAACGGCUCUAAAGGCUGAUUUGGUAAUUCUGAAUACUGCUGUGGCCGGGAAGUGGCUUAAUGCAGUUCUCAAGGAAAGAAUUUCGGAGGUUCUUCCAAAGGUUUUGUGGUGGAUUCAUGAAAUGCGAGGGCAUUAUUUCAAAGUGGAAUAUGUUAAGCACCUCCCUUUUGUUGCAGGUGCAAUGAUCGAUUCACAUACGACUGCUGAAUACUGGAAGAAUAGGACUAGGGAGCGGUUAGGGAUUAAAAUGCCUCAAAUUUAUGUAGUGCAUCUUGGGAAUAGCAAGGAACUUAUGGAAGUUGCAGAAGAUAGUGUGGCAAAGAGAGUUCUUCGAGAGCAUGUUCGGCAAUCUCUUGGAGUGAGAAAUGAUGAUCUACUCUUUGCCGUCAUAAAUAGUGUUUCACGUGGUAAAGGGCAGGAUCUUUUUCUUCGGUCCUUUCAUGAAAGUUUGCUCCUCAUCCAGGAGAAGAAACUUCAGGUGCCAUCUUUGCAUGCUGUAGUUGUAGGGAGUGAUAUGAAUGCUCAGACAAAGUUUGAAAUGGAGUUACGUAAAUUUGUGGCGGAGAAAAAAAUCCAGGAUCGUGUUCACUUUGUAAACAAAACCCUAGCGGUGGCUCCUUACCUGGCUUCUAUUGAUGUUCUUGUUCAGAAUUCUCAGGCACGGGGAGAAUGUUUUGGGAGGAUAACCAUUGAAGCAAUGGCAUUUCGCUUGCCUGUACUUGGAACUGCAGCUGGGGGCACCAUGGAGAUUGUGGUAAAUAGGACAACUGGUUUGCUGCAUCCCGUUGGAAAAGAAGGUGUGACACCUCUUGCAAAUAACAUUGUGAAUUUGGCAACUCAUGUUGAGAGGAGGCUGACUAUGGGUAAGAAAGGAUACGAGAGAGUGAAGGAUAGGUUUCUGGAACCCCAUAUGGCACAUAGAAUCGCAUUGGUUUUGAAGGAAGUGUUGCGGAAGGGUGGCCAUAAUUAAAUUAACCAGCUUAGGUGCUUCGCUGUUCUGAAACUGUAAAUUAAUUCUACAGGGGAAAAGAGAAUUUCUUGGUGUGGUCACUUGUAUACUUGAUGUCAUAUGUACCAUUUGUUGUGGGAAAUUGGUGGAUGUAUAGGGUUGUGAUGUGAUUAUUUUCCUCGCUUUGGACGCUUCCUGUCUUGACGAACAGUAGUACUUUUUUAGGUAGUGUCUGAGUGUGACAGGCAGUAGCAUCCAAAUACAGAACUGAAACCUUUUUUCUUUGGACGGGUGAAAUUUUUCAUCUUGUCUGACGGAUAUAUAGAUUGAAUAGAGUGCAUAGUGCAAG